GUUCUGUUUGUGAUGAGGCGGGAAAUGGCGUCCAAAGACACGGCUGUUCUGUGACUUAGCCACUGAGAGGCGGACGUAGCUGGCGGCAACAACCACGGCUCGACAUCUAACGGUGGCCGCCACGGUUGCGGCCGAGACUGACAACGCUGUGGCGGGUUUUAACGAGCUUCCGAAAACAGCGGUUUUUCUAUGUGACGUCGUAGCAUGAUGAGGCUGAGAGUGCGUAAAGCUCCUCAGCACCCCAGCAAAGGCCACAGAACGCUCCCAUACCAGGCCAAACGAAAACACAGCGAAGUGGAGCCGUCGUCCCCGGUGAGCGGUCGAGGCAAAAUGCAGAAAAAUGAAUCUGGGCUCCUCUCCACCAUAAAGAAAUUUAUCCGUGGGAAUGCUGUCAAGGUGGAGCAGGAAAUCCCAGCCAAGAGGAGUCGCAUUGAUUGUAAUUCAGACAAUGACCUCAUUACUUCGACACCCCAAGGUCUGUCCAACAAAUCCGCAUCAAGAGUUUGCAGAAAAACUCAAAGUAAAGACACAAUGACCUGCAACAGUAAACCCAUCAAACCAAACGGUAAACUGGAGGCGCCCAUCGACUCGCCCAGCAGCCCGCCGCGUACAACCCUACUGGGGACCAUCUUCUCUCCAGUUUUCAACUUCUUCUCACCAGCAACUAAAACUGCCACUCCGGGCUCGGACUCGCCGGGCCAGGCGGUAGAGGCGGAGGAAAUCAUCAAACAGCUGGACAUUGAGCCGGCGGAGGAAAUGCCCAGCAGCACCGUGACGUCCAGGGAAGGAAUCACUCCUUGUCACACGGUCCAAAUGCUGCCGCAGAGGCUUCAGAUCAACUCGGACACAACCAUCGAAGAAGGAGAAAUCGUCACUGAAACUGACAUACCCCCGCUAACAGCUCCUGGCUGUAUGCCAGAUGGCAGCUACCCGCACUCUUUACCUUCAGCACCUGCAGAAACCUCGUAUGAGGAGGACUGGGAAGUGUUCGACCCGUACUUCUUCAUCAAGCAUGUGCCUCCGCUGACAGAAGAGCAGUUAACACGUAAACCAGCGUUACCUUUAAAAACACGCAGCACACCUGAGUUCUCUCUCGUCUUGGAUCUGGAUGAAACUUUAGUCCACUGCAGUUUGAAUGAACUAGAAGAUGCAGCUCUGACAUUCCCUGUGCUCUUUCAAGACGUUAUAUACCAGGUCUACGUCCGAUUGAGACCGUUUUUCCGGGAGUUUCUUGAGCGCAUGUCUCAGUUGUACGAGAUUAUUCUCUUCACUGCUUCAAAAAAGGUCUAUGCAGAUAAGCUGCUCAACAUCCUGGAUCCGAAAAAACAGUUAGUAAGACAUCGACUGUUUCGAGAACACUGCGUCUGUGUUCAAGGAAAUUACAUUAAAGACCUGAACAUUCUCGGACGGGAUCUCGCAAAGACGGUAAUAAUCGACAACUCACCUCAAGCCUUUGCUUAUCAGCUUUCUAAUGGAAUCCCAAUCGAGAGCUGGUUUGUGGAUAGAAAUGACAACGAGCUUCUGAAGCUCGUUCCUUUCCUUGAGAAACUGGUGGAGCUGAACGAAGACGUCCGGCCGCACAUCAGAGAACGAUUUCGUUUGCACGACCUCCUCCCUCCAGACUGAGGAACCUUCAUCGACGCGUCACUUCAGUAUUGUUUGUGGGAAAUACUCAACAGAAGGAUAUAAUCAGUGGUUUUCUCUUUACAUUACCGUUGCUUUUUAAAAACAAAACAUUUAAAACGAAGAAUAAAAAAAAAAUCAAAAGCUCUGUUUGGUUCAAAGAGUCCAAGCUGUUCAUAUAAAGUUGAACAAACCACCUUCUGGAGGGCAGUUUGCCUCCAACUAAACCAUUUUGGAUUGACAAAAGUGAAUGUUGCGUGAUGUUGGUUCAUACGGACCCUAAACGGCCGGUCAAACCUGUAUAUUAUUCAUUAUUGUUACCUGUAAAUAUAUGUACAUAACUGUUUUAUUUUUGUUCUUUGAGGUUUUUAAGUCAUUUUAUUUUCACUCUGGAUUUUAGUAUGUACUUUUUU